AUGAGAUGGAAACCUGAACCUAUGCAGGCUGCUAGUGCUGAGAUUGAUCAACCAAAUGAUCUCUCCUUAUUCUCCAUUGGCUCACCGGCUAAAAGGGCUAGUCUCUUUGGAGCUGGCUCUUUUGGAGCCAAAGGGAAAGGGGUGAAGCCUAGAAGAAGACCUUACAAAAGCAGAAGGAAGCCUAAAAUCAGUGAAAACUUCAUUGAGCCUGACAGAAUUGAUAUCAUUGGAGGAGCCGCGGUGGGUGCAUGCAUCAAAAGAAAGCUAGAAGACGAAUUAAAGGAUGGUCCUAAAGUGUCUGAUAGGAUCAGAAUUURCAGAAAGGAGUUAAGCAAAUGGAAGAAAUCCAAUGAAGUUAACUCCAAGGAGAGAAUCAAUCUGAUUCAGCACAAGCUUGAUUAUUAA